AAAUCUUUUCAUGUAAGGACUAGGAUAGAAAACUUGCUUAUAUAAAGAGGUCACGCCCCGAGGUUUUCUUUCACAAAUUUAACUACUUACUUUUAUAUUGCCAAGCUCUUCUGGGGUUUUCCUGCUUGUUCCUCUCUUAAUUGCGUUCUAUAUUGAGGAUGGCUUGUACUAAGAAAACUCUGGCUUUCCUUUUGAUGCUGGCUUUUGUGGGAGUCUCUCUUGGUGCGGUUCACAAAGUGGGCGAUUCCACCGGCUGGACUAGUCUUGGGAAUAUUGACUACCUCAAGUGGGCUUCCACCAAGAAUUUCCAUGUUGGCGACUCUCUUCUUUUUCAGUACAACCCUCAAUUCCACAACGUGAUGCAAGUGACCCACGACGAUUUCCAGUCAUGCAACGGAACAUCUGCCAUCGCCUCCUACACCUCUGGAUCCGACUCCGUAACCCUCAAAAGGCCUGGCCACUUUUAUUUCCUUUGCGGUGUUCCAGGCCACUGCCAAGCCGGCCAGAAAGUCGACGUAUUGGUCAAAUCAUCGUCCAAAGCCCCAAUUGCAAGUCCUAGCCCAUCCACUUUAGGUUCAUCGCCUGCAAACCCACCGUCAGAAAUGUUGGGUGCUCCUGGCCCAGCUCAGAGCAGUGCCCUGUCUCUCAUCUCCUCCAAGAAUUCCCUGGCAUGGAGUCUUGUCGCGGUUGGCGGCGUCUUCGGUUUUGCCUUCUACUUCUAGGGUGGCGCUCCUUACAAUUGUGGUUGUGUUUGGGGCUAUAUUGGGAUGGCAUCAUCAUAUUUAGGUCAUAUGGUAUUAAUGUAUUAUGUUUGUUAAUGUUUAAUUCAAAAAAAAUGAUAUAACUUUUACUUUUUCACCUUA